AUGUCUGUCAAGAAAACUGUUGGUGUUAUUAUUGGUUCAACCCGUACUCAUAGAGUUGGUGGCACGAUUGCCCAAUGGUUCGUAGAUAACUCUGGAAUUUCCGAAGACUUCAAUGUAGAGAUCAUCGAUUUGGCCAAAGAGAACUUACCACUCUACGAUGAAGCUUUGCCACCAAUGGCACUCAAUGGUGUCUACUCUACCGAGCACGGUAAGAGAUGGCAAGCCAAGAUCGGAGCUUUGGAUUCAUUCGUUUUCGUCACCUCUGAAUACAACCGUGGUUACCCAGCUGCCUUGAAGAAUGCCAUCGACUACUUGUGGAAGGAAUGGUGUGAUAAGCCAGCUGCCAUCGUCUCCUACGGUUGGUCCCACGGUGGUCAAUUCGCCGGUGAACAACUCUCUCAAAUCAUCUCUGGUAUGAGUGGUAUCCAAACCAAGUUGGUCUCCGCCAGACCAAAGGUUUUCCUCAGCAGAGAUAUUUUCAACGAAUCAGGAAAGAUUGCCGAUCCAAAUACCAGUUUCGCCAAGUACAACGAUGACAUCAAAAAGGCCGUCGAAGAACUUAAAGCCAAGUUCUAA